AUGGCACAAUGUGACGAGAAAGUCGCCCUGCGCAGUGGCUUGUCUUCAACGAGCAAGUCUCCCGAACCCUGCGAUCCCAUACUCUUCGAGAAAGAAGAUCGAAUUAGAGAAGCCUAUACAUGGCGCGAUGCCGACAAGUUAAGGGCAUUGGCCCAGUCGAAGGGAGGCUUGCUCAAGGACGAAUUGCGCCAGCAGGCUUGGCCGAUACUCAUGGGACUAUCUGGUCUAGGAAACGCAGAAGAGAAGCAUGAUCGCAUCAGUAGCGAAUGGGAAACCCUCCCAUCUCACAGGGACGAGAGCCAGGUCGAACUUGACGUGAAUCGCUCGUUCGUGUACUAUCCACAUGACUUGUCAGACCGCGAGCUCGAUCGAAGGAAAACCGAGCUAUCAGCGCUGAUCACUCAAGUCCUGCGAGAGAACCCCUACCUCUGCUACUUCCAGGGCUACCACGACAUAUGCCAAGUCAUACUCCUCGUCCUCAGUCCAGAGCUUCGCGCGCCUGUUGUCGCACGCCUAUCUGUCCUGCGAAUACGCGACUUCAUGCUGCCCUCGCUUGCCCCGACUACAGCCCAGCUACGACUACUCCCAGACAUACUAUCGGUCGCGGACCCGAAAUUAUGGCGACACCUCCUCGGUGUUGAGCCUUUCUAUGCGCUCUCAGGGACAUUAACUAUGUUUGCCCACAACAUCGAGGCCUAUUCAGACAUUGCACGGCUUUUCGAUGUCUUCUUGGCCAGAGAACCCGUCUUUAGCAUAUACAUGUUUGCCCAGAUCGUAUUAGACAGGCGAGACGAAAUCUUCGAGAUAGACGAACCAGACAUGCUCCAUGUCAUCUUGGGCAAGGUGCCGCCUCGGAUGGAUCUCGAUACCCUCAUUGUCGAAUCAGCUUCGCUCCUCGAGCGAUAUCCCCCCGAGAAAUUACGCGCGUGGCGUGGAAUUUCUAGGUCCAGCUCUCUGAAAACUGUGCGCCGUGUCGAAGAUUGCGCAAAACAGACUUUGGCAGACGGCCAACACUUCUUUGAAGCGCAAGCGACAGAGCUGCACAGGGCAGAGAUGAGGGACAGGGUCAAGGCGACACUCUGGGCAUAUAGGAAGCCAGCACGGACUGUCGGUGCAGCGUUGGCGUUUGGGAUAUUGGCCAUGUAUCUCCGGCGGAACCCAGGCAUUGUACAUCAAAUCGUAGGACUAUUCAUGCGAUGA